AUGACACAAGAAACAUCGCAUGAAAUUCAGGCUGAAGAAAUGAAGAAAGAUAUCGCAGAAGGUGGAAUGGACAGAGAGCCGAAGGUCCUUGUUGCUGGAGGUCGGAAUGGGAGAGAAAAUCUAAAUUCAGUGGAAAUGUUCAGUCUCUUAAACACGACCUGGACACCACUAAAGCCAAUGAAAGAGUGUCUUGAGAAAGCAUCUUCAGUUGUUUACAACAAUCAAAUGUUUGUCACGGGAGGUGUGGGUAGAAUAGUAACGAAGUCAAUUAAAAAACUGUCAUUGAAUGCUGUUCAAGUUGAUCAGUCCAUAACUUGGGAAAAUGUUCUUGCUGAGUUACCUGCACCAUUGAAUGGACACUGCAGUGUAGUUUAUAAUGGACGGUUGAUAGUGAUUGGAGGUUUUGAUGGUAGUAAAUGUGCAUAUUCUGACAGUAUUACUGAGAUUUCCCUUGCUCCACCUUAUACCAGUAAACUGUUGGCCACCAUGCCACAGACAAGAUAUCUUCAUGGUGUUGCAAUGUUUGGUGACAAGAUACUGAUUCUUGGAGGUAAGCUCAAUGGUUUUUCCAGAACAAAUCUUGCAAGUGUUUUGUUGUAUGAUAUUACUAAGAAUGAAUGUAAGCAGUUAGCAUCCCUCCCCUACCCCGUGUAUGAAAUGGCCACAGUCAAGUGGGGUGAUGACAGUGUGAUCAUAGUGGGUGGUGCUGACAGUAACGAUCAAACGUUAAACAAAGUUUUAUUAUACAACAUCAAGACGCAGAAGAGUCGUAUGUUACCAGACAUGAAGUAUAAGAGGCAAGGAUGUGUGGCUGCAGUUGUCAGAGACACUGUGAUUGUCAUGGGAGGCCAAGAUGAAAGAAGAAAGUCCUUAAAGUCUGUAGAAUGUUUUCAAUUUGAUCGCUAUACCUGGCAAGGACUUCCUGAAAUGCGGGAAGCGAGAUACUGCGCUACUGCAGUUGUGUGUUAA